GAGCACUUAUUUACUCGUCGCGAUCUAGCAGUGCUGAAAGAGUUAGAGCGCGCAAAAGAGCAGGUUAUAGAGAGUUCGGCCUCUAGUACUAAUUCUUCUGCUAUUAAACCAUCGCUAUCUAAACUAUCAGCUAAUCUAGGCGGGUUAUAG